AUGUCCUUACACACUCAUGCCAUCAAAGUUGAGUUUGACGGUGCUAAUAAGUACACUGAUCAAAAUGUCCCAAUGAAUCUAGCUAAACCUAAACCAAAGAAAUCAACCUCUAACGCAACAACAAAUACUCGUACUAUUAAAACACUAGGAAGCAAUAUGGAGCGUGUGGCCCAAGCAUGUGAUCGGUGUCGAGCUAAGAAGACCAAAUGUGACGGGAAACGUCCUGCUUGUUCCAACUGUGAAGCAGUGGGAUUUAAAUGCAUUGUCUCAGACAAGUUAUCCCGUCGUGCUUUCCCCAAGGGCUAUACAGAAACUUUAGAAGAAAGAAUUCGCCAAUUGGAGAAGGAAAAUGAAAAGUUAUUGGGGUUAUUAGAUAUGAGAGAUGAACAGCUUGGUAUGCUUAAUCCUUCAAAUUCUGUUGCUCCUACUUCUACUUCUGUAGGCGAUUCGAUUUCUGAUCCCGCUCUGCAGAUGAGAUCAGAUGGAAUGUCUUCACAUACAUUGCUGCAAACGAAAGGAAUUCAUUCAAUAAAAACUCCAGCGUCAACAACAACGACAUUAGCUCAAACUCCAACUCCAACAGUGGGAACUCUGGUACCUGCUCCAUCAUCUUCUGGUUUUGGACUGACUCCUACGAAGUUGACCUCUUCUAAUUUGUAUCUCCAUGAUGAACAAGAAAUGAUAGACCACUCUCACAAGCACGGUGAUGCAUGUCCUUGUGGAUGUUCUAAUGCCCAUUCCGUUCAUGAAAGACCGGUUUCCAUUGCCGGUUCUUUAUACGAUGGGAAUUUCACAGAUUCAAAUGUAUUUAAUUCUUCCAAUAACUCUUAUUUUUCUGACGAUGAUGAUGAAGGGUUGCUUAGUGCUGAUGAGACUGCUUCUGUAUUUUCAACUCACACUAUUUCCUAUAAUAAAAGAGAGCAGCUGCCAGCUCCAGGUGCGUUUGCUGCUGCUACUGCGUUUGCUCAGAUGAGAAGUCAUCAUGAUAAUGACAAACAACAGGCAUUAACGUCAUUAGUGGCUGCUUCCAUUCCCCGUUCAACGGAGGAAACGUUAUUUAUUCCCACGUUAUUAGCAAAGAUUUGUCAACAGUUUGGUUAUACUUCAAAGACUGCAAUUUUAACUGCCAAUUCCCUUGCUUUAUUGAAGGAUACCUAUAAUUCCAAUAUUUCUAAUCCCCAAAUCAAAAAUAAAAUACAUUCACUUUCAGAGUUGAUUCUAAAUAGACCAUUGGGUUAUUGUUUGUCGUCUUCAGAAGUCAAGACACUUAUAUGUGAUCUUCUUAGUUUCCCCACUUCUAGGCUUGACUUAGACCAAUUAAUUACCAUAUAUUGUCAGGACUGGGGUGUUACUCUUCCAAUUCUUGAUAAGAACUCUUUAUUGAGAGAUUAUGUUAGUUUACUCAAAGUCAUUGAGAAUCAACCCAUUGCUGAAGACACUACAGAAUUUAGAAGUAGAAUAAGUAAGUUUGGGGCAUAUUUGGUGAUUGUUAUAAGUUUGGCCCUUCUUACAAGUAAAUACACAUAUUUGAGAAGGAAUGGACAAGGAUUUGAUUAUUCGAUACUAUUGAAUUAUUAUGAUUUGUUGAUCCACCAAUUCAUUCAACCAAAUUGUGUUCUAACCAGAGACUGUUCGAUGCAAUCAUUACAAAUCUUAUCAUUAUCACUCUUAUAUUGUCUUGUGAUCGGUGAUAUUACUACUUGCUAUGAAUUACGGGGUAGAGUUAUCUCGAUGGCUCAACAAUUAAGAUUGCACAGAUGUCCUGCUGCAGUUUUAGGUAUAACUUCUAAUGCUCAAAAUGAUGAAGCUCAAAGAAGAAUGCAAGGAACUAGACGUAUUUUGUUCUGGUGUGUGUAUUGUUUGGAUACAUAUUCAUCUUUUAAUUUGGGUAUUCCUCGCUUAUUAAAAGAUUUCGAAAUAGAGUGUGCCAUGCCUUUCUCGGGUAAGAAAACAUCGGGAAAUGAAGAGGAUAAUGAUGAAGAUAAUGAAAACAUAUUAAUUGUUAAUAAUACAAGGUUAUCUAUUCUGGGUAAAGUUUCCCAAAUGACUUUAAGUUUCAUGAUGUUCUGCAAGGUUCUUGGGGUUAUACUUGACUCUGUGUUUUCGAGAUCUGGGAAAGGAGAUACCCAUAGUGAUGCAUUGAAAAAGGACAGGAUGUUGGAUUGUUGGCGGAGAGACUUACCCAUUGAGUUGAAGUUUGAAAUAGACGUUAAUGGGUUUAGUCUCAAGGAUAAGGAUCAAAACACUAUUUCUGGUGAUUUUGGUAACUACUAUAACAAACAACAAUUGACGUUGAUCUACCUUUUCUAUCAUGCUAAAAUUCUAAUUUACUUGCCAACAAUAUCAAAGCAUGGGAGUCAUCAUGAUGUUGGGCUUUCUCAAAAGGAAAUACUCAAUAAGGGACAAAGUGAUGUUUCAGGGUUUGUUACAGCAAUUAGUAUGAUACAACAAUCAUCAAUACAAAUAUUGGAAGUACUUAAAUGUUUAUCUAACAGUUCUGUUUCCAAUGCCUUCCUUUUGCCUAUUCCUCUUAGUAUCCCUAGAGAGCAAGCCAGAAUCGCUCUUUGGGUAUCUAAGGGGGCAUUGGACUACACCAAGGGGGGACCUUUGCAUCAACAACUGAAACAAUUACUUUUGGAUACGGUGUCGAUUUUGAAUGAAGAAAGUAGCUUUGGUAUCCCCAGUUCUAUCACUAAACAUUCAAUGAAGGUGAUUGAACUAACGAUUUUGAGUAUUUUAGGACUCAACAUCAACAAGAUGAACGUUCUCAAGCGUAAGCCACUGGUUAAAAGUGCACCUCCAUCGAUAAGAACAAAGGGUAAUAAUAGCAAUAGUAUUGUUGGUAAUGAAAUCAAGAUGAGCUCAAAUCAAGCUAUAUUCAGGUCUCCAUUAUCAACACAGCCAGUACAAAACUCCACCAAUGAAAGUUCCUCGUCAACGUGUUUGAUAAACGCUCCCCGCCCACGGCCAGAAGAAGAAGAAGAAGUACCUUUACAAUUACAUGAGGUUGCACUGGUAUUUGGUAACCAUUCAAUUCCAACUGCUACGACAUCUCCUUUUUCGGAUCCGAUCUUCGAGGCAAGACAACACGCACAACGAGUUCACUUGCAACAACAAAAGGAACAGCAGCAGAUGCAGGAUACGAUUGCGGCGGAAUUUGAUAGAGGAGAUCAACAAUCAUCAUCAUCAACUAUUAACGGUAACUUUGAUACCAAUAAUAGUGUGAGUCCUCCUCGUGCAGGAGGAGCUUCCGGUAAUGCCACUGGGAUUUCAGGGUCCGCGUCCGGUACGGGGGAUGCGGAGUUUACUGCAGAGUCACUCGAAAGUAUACUUGAAUUUGAUCCAUUCAAAGUCAACUUGAAUGGUUUGAAUUAUGCAAACGAAUUUGCAGCCGAUGGGUCAUUGGGGUUAGUGCCAUUUUUGGAUCUGACAAGGGAAAUUGGUGAAAACGAUGUAGAGACAAAUUCUGGGUUGUUUAAUUGGUUGUAG